CACGCUGCCUGCCGGCAAAGCUCCGCCGUGGCCAUGGCUCCUGGAGAGAAGAUCAAGGCCAAGAUCAGGCAGAACCUGCCCGUGCGAGGCCCGCAGGCCCCCACCAUCAAAGACCUGAUGCACUGGUACUGCAUGAACACCAACACCCACGGGUGCCGCCGCAUCGUGGUGUCGCGCGGCCGCCUGCGGCGCCUGCUGUGGAUCCUGCUCACGCUGACCGCGGUGGCGCUCAUCGUCUGGCAGUGCGCCCUGCUCGUCUCCUCCUUCUACACCGUCUCCGUCUCCGUCAAGGUCCACUUCCAGAAGCUGGAUUUCCCCGCGGUCACCAUCUGCAACAUCAACCCCUACAGGUACAGUGCUGUACGUGACCUUCUGGCCGACUUGGAUCAGGAGACCAGAGGGGUUUUGAGGACCCUGUACGGCUUUUCAGAGGUUCAGUCCCGCAAACGCCGUGGGGCAGAGUCUGAAAAUCUGGCCUGGGAAGGCAUCCGGCCCAAAUUCCUCAACAUGAUCCCACUGCUGACCUUCAGUGACAAGGAGAAGGGCAAGGCCAGGGAUUUCCUCACCGGCCGAAAGCGGAAAGUCAGCGGGAACAUCAUUCACAAGACUUCCAACGUCAUGCAAGUCCACGAGUCUAAGAAAACGGUGGGAUUCCAACUGUGUCCCUCCAACAAUACCUCCAAGUGUGCCACUUACACCUUCAGCUCGGGCGUCAAUGCCAUCCAGGAGUGGUACAAGCUGCACUACAUGAACAUCAUGGCUCAGGUGUCUCUGGAGAAGAAAAUCAACAUGAGCUACUCUGCGGAGGAGCUGCUGGUCUCCUGUUUCUUUGACGGGAUGUCCUGCGAUGCCAGGAACUUCACGCUUUUCCACCACCCCAUGUAUGGAAACUGCUACACGUUCAACAACAGAGAAAACGAGACCACGCUCAGCACCUCCAUGGGGGGCAGUGAGUACGGGCUGCAAGUCAUCUUGUACUUGGAUGAAGAGGAGUACAACCCCUUCCUGGUGUCCUCCACGGGGGCUAAGGUGCUGAUCCACCAGCAGAAUGAGUAUCCCUUCAUUGAAGACGUGGGUACAGAGAUCGAGACUGCUGUGUCUACCUCCAUAGGAAUGCAUCUGACGGAGUCCUUCAAGCUGAGCGAGCCCUACAGCCAGUGCACAGAGGAUGGGCAUGACGUGCCCGUGGAGAACAUCUACAACGCCUCCUACUCCCUCCAGAUCUGCCUUUACUCGUGCUUCCAGUCCAAGAUGGUGGAGAAGUGCGGGUGUGCCCAGUACAGCCAGCCGCUGCCGCCCAACGCCAACUACUGCAACUACCAGCAGAACCCUAACUGGAUGUAUUGUUACUACGAGCUGUACCAGGCCUUCGUUAAGGAAGAACUGGACUGCCAGGCGGUGUGCCGGGAAACGUGCAGAUUUAAGGAAUGGACACUGACCACCAGCCUGGCCCAGUGGCCAUCUGAGGUUUCAGAGAAAUGGUUGCUGCGUGUUCUCACCUGGGACCGAGGCCAGCAAAUAAACAAACAGCUCAACAAGACAGACUUGGCCAAACUGCUGAUAUUCUACAAAGACCUGAACCAGAGAUCCAUCGUGGAGAGCCCGGCCAACAGCAUCGAGGUGCUUCUUUCCAACUUCGGAGGCCAGCUCGGCCUGUGGAUGAGUUGCUCCGUCGUCUGCGUCAUCGAGAUCAUCGAGGUCUUCUUCAUCGACUUCUUCUCCAUCAUUGCCCGCCGCCAGUGGCAGAAAGCCAAGGAGUGGUGGGCCUGGAAGCGGGCACCCCCCUGCCCCGAGGCGCCCCGCAGCCAGCAAGGCCAGGACAAUCCGGCCCUCCACGUAGACGAAGACCUGCCCACCUUCACGUCUGCUCUGCACCUGCCUGCAGCCCCAGGGGCCCAGGUGCCCGGCACGCCGCCCCCCAGAUAUAACACCUUGCACUUGGAAGGGGCCUUCUCCAGCCAGCUCCCAGACACUCAGGUGCCCAAUGAGCCUUGAGACAGGGUUGGGAAAGAGAUCUAGUCAGGACUGCCAGGCACGGUCUAAGGACUUAGGCCUCGUCUCCCAGUGGCAGAGGGCACCUCCUGUCUCCGUUCUGGGCUUUGGAAACACUGCCUAAAAGCCUGCUGUGGACAAGCCGGGGAUGGGCAUGGGCAGGAGAAGCCACUGGGCCCUGCCCAGCAGUACAGCUGGCCAGGAUGGGCUAGAUCCUGUGGCCUGAACUCGGCGCGUCCACAUGAGGAAGACUGCAGGCCAAAGCAAUGGUGCCGUCUGGUGCGGGCCCAAAGUGAGCUCUUUGCUGGGUGCUGAGAGAGAAUGACGCCUCCAGAGCCCCGAGCCAGUGUUCCGCCCGCACCCGGGGCCUCACCAGAGCCAGAGGAUGUGGCUUCAGGUAGCAAAGCUACGACCUGAUGCCAAAGAUAAAAGACAGUACUAGCUGCGGUGCCUACACUGUCCUGGGUCACUGACACCGGGGCAAGGGGUCCUCUGUACCCUCAGGCCCGGACCUGGCCCAGGCCCCAGGAGUGUGUGUGGGAAGGGGUGCAGUGCAGGGAGGCGUAGGGUGUGGCAGACGGCAGGGCUGGGGCCACGGCCCAGUCAAAGGACGUGCGUGAACACUCCUGUCCAGUGGGGUCCUCGUAACCUGACCUCGGCUGCUGCUCUUCCUGACCCGUUCAGCAAGCACCCCUGCGUGGCGCAGUGGCGCACACCUAUAAUCCUAGCACUCCAGGUGGCUGAGGCGGGAGGUUGCAAGAUGGAAAGCACCCUGGGCAGUUCACCUACUUAGAGAGACCCUGUCUCCAAAGGGAAAAUUAAAAAGGGCGAGGGAUGUAGAAGGCCUGGGUUUCUAUCCCUAGUACCGCAGAGAGUCAGACCUUCCUCUACGGCCAUCGUCAUAGCCUGCGCGCACCAACGAGCCAGCCACUGUGAGAUCCCACAGAGCACCACGUUCACCUCCGAGCUCAGGGUCAGCGCAGGGGCAGUGUGCUGGGCGCUGUCUCAGCACUUCUCUAAGCCAGCCUGGGGGACGACAAACUGUUGCCCACGGGCUACGUCCUGCUUCUGUUUGUAAACCAGGAAUAGUUUUCCCCGCUUUUAAAUAGCUAAAAAAAAAAAGUGUGUGUUUGUGUGUAUAUGUGUGUAUAUGUGUGUGAGAGACCCAACAUAAUGAUAUGAUGUGCAAAUUUCAGUGUCCAGAAAUAAAGUUUUAUUGGCACACUGUCACAUCCACA